GAGACUUUUCUCUUUGUUGUUUGCAUCUUUGCUUCAGGAAAUGAUCGAGAAUCUGAAACUGGAUGAAAAAUAAACUGAAGCUUUUAGUUUCAACUCAAAUCCACGAGACUCGCUCCGGGAUCCAGCGAGGGUCAGAGGUCACCAUGGGCUCAGCAGUGGAGAGGACAGACGAACACGUGAGGGAGUAUCUGAUCUACCGAGGCUUCACCAGCACCAUGAAGCACCUGGACAGUGAGAUCAAAGCCGACAAGGAGAAAGGCUUCAGGGUGGAUAAGAUCAUCGAGCAGCUGCAGCAGUUCAUCCAGAGCUUCGACCUGUUUGGUCUGAAGGAAUACUGGCUCUACCUGGACAGACGUCUGUUCUGCAGACUGGAGGACGUCUACAGGUCCACCGUCAACAAGCUGAGGACCAGCCUGUUCAGAUACUACGUCAUCAACACCAUCCAGAAAGGAAACCUGGAGAGGACCCAGGAGUUUUUCCAGAAGCAGUCCUUGGAGCUGCAGGGUCAGGCCGAGUGGAGGGAUUGGUUCAUCCUGCCGUUUAUCCCCGCCCCUGAGCAGAACCCCGCCUUCUCUCCGUACUUCUCCCGCCAGUGGUCCGACACCUUCCUGGUGUCUCUGCACAACUUCCUGUCCGUCCUGUUCCAGUGUCUUCCUCAGCCGGUUCUGCUGAGCUUUGACGCCGAAGUCCAGAAGAUGGCGAGUGUGACGGAGGAGAACGAGCAGCUCCGGCAGCUGCUGUUCGCUCUGCAGACGGAGAGCCGGGACCAGAGGGACGGAGACCAGAUGGUUCACCACAAGCUGCCGGCGUACGUCCAGAACAUGGACCGCCUGGGAGACACUGAGCUGGACUUGGUAUCGAGCCAGCGAGCCGUCGGCAUGACAACCACUCCUUCCAGAAACUUCUUCUCUACAAUCCUACCACAGAGCCGACGCUCGCCGGGGAGACCCCUGCAGGUCGCUGCUGGGACUUCACCAGGCCAGGCGGCCGUGAGCAGGAAGGACCCGCCAGCCAAUCAGCCUGCGAAGACAAAAGAGACGGUCGUAACCAAGGAGACGAAACCCGACAGCAGCCCGGCGCCGAGUGACGAAGCUGUGAGUCAACAGACAAACCAGACGACACAAUUCAGACACAAGAGAAUCCAGGAGCAUGAGAACCAGAGGAAGGAGCUUUUCUCCAAACCAUCGCAGACACCAGAGAAGAAGGGAGAGGCUGCGGAGGGCGAGUCUCCUGCUGAGACCGCCACCGAGCCCCCUGACUCCGCCUCCUCCUCUAACAGCAGGAGCGAAGGAGGAGGAGGAACAGAGGGAGGAGGUGUGUCAGCAGAACAGCCUUUUAUCAGACUCAGCCAGGAGGAAUAUGGAGAACACCACUCAUCCAUCAUGCACUGCAGAGUUGACGGCUCUGGUCGGCGAGUUGCCAGUUUGGAUGUAGAUGGAGUCAUCAAGGUGUGGUCCUUCAACCCCAUCAUACAGACUAAAGCCACCAUCAUGUCCAAGUCUCCUCUUCUGUCUCUGGAGUGGGCGACCAAACCCGACCGACUGUUGCUGCUGGGCAGCGGUGUCGGCACCGUGCGUCUUUACGAUACAGACGCCAAGAAGAAUCUGUAUGAGAUGAACAUUGAUGAGGGUCACCCCCGCAUCUUGUCUUUAGCCUGCAGUCCCAGCGGCUCGUCCUUCGUGUGUUCGGCCGCAGCGCUCGCUCCAUCGGGAAGCGUGGAGGCGGGUCCUCCCCUUCCCUCACCGGUGUCUGGACAGCUGCUGCUCUGGGACACCAAGACCGUCAAACAGCAGCUCCGGUUCUCGUUAGAACCUGAACCAGUUGCUAUUAACUGCACGGCCUUCAACCACAACGGGAACCUGCUGGUGACCGGAGCGGCCGACGGAGUCAUCCGACUGUUCGACAUGCAGCGCUACGAGAGCGCUAUGAGCUGGAGAGCUCACGACGGAGAGGUUUACAGCGUGGAGUUCAGCUACGAUGAAAACACCGUCUUCAGCAUCGGAGAAGACGGAAAGUUCAUCCAGUGGAACAUCCAUCGCUGUGGGGGGAAGCAGUCGGAGCAGGUUGUUCCUCAGGACGCCACCGGACCCUUCGUCCUGUCGGGAUACAGCGGAUACAAACAGGUUCAGGUUCCUCGAGGUCGACUCUUCGCCUUCGACUCUGAAGGACAACACGUCCUGAUGUGUUCCAGCUCUGGAGGACUCAUCAACAGACUGACCAAUGGGGAGCCGGCUCUGGACAGCGUGCUGGCGCUGGGCGGACACAAAGCGCCGGUGGUCACAGUGGAUUGGUGCUCUGCGGUGGACUGUGGCACCUGCCUGACGGCGUCCAUGGAUGGAAAGAUCAAACUGAGCACGCUCCUGGCACAGAAGUCCUGACUGAGGGGUCAGAGGUCAUCAGACGGAGAAUCUCAUAAACAUGUCAUCAUCUCAACCAUGUGACAGAAGCAGUGAAAACAACCUGUUGUAAUCUCAUAUAAAUAUUAAAGUUUAGUUCCAUCCGA